AUGAGCGUCACCAUUGACGCGCUCUACGUCUUUGAUGAUCACAACAACUGCGUCCUCGAACACAUUUACUCGGGCCGCCCACCCUCUGCGCAGACUCUCAUCACCAGUUUGACUGCGCGAACAGGCCCGCGACCCUCCAUCCUCCAUCUCUCAGAACUUGCACCUCCAACCACCCUAUAUUCAAUCUCUCCUUCGGGCUUUCAGUUGAUCGCAGUGUCCGGCAAAGAUGCACAGUCGCUGGCCAUCCUCGAUUUCCUCCACCGCGUCCUCGAUGUCUUUGAGGACUUUCUCGGGACCCCCCUCCUAACCACAAAGAUCGAAGACAACUAUGAAAUUGUGGCCCAGUUGCUGGGUGAAAUGUGUGAUGGGGGCAUAAUAUGCAACACUGAACCCAAUGCGCUGAGAGAGUCGGUAGAAGUUUCUUCAGUGCUGGGAAAGCUGUUCACGCAUGUAGGACUGCCCGGGUCUUCGCCUGCUCUGGGGCCGUCGAGCAACUUCUCCUCCAGCCUGCGCGGCACUGCUUCCCCUCCCGUGGGACCGGCAAUCCCAUGGCGGAAAUCUAAUGUCCGACAUACCUCAAACGAGCUCUAUGUCGAUAUCAUUGAGAAUCUGUCAGUCAUAUUCGCCCCGUCAGGUUGUCCCAUAUCCGCACGGUCACACGGCUCGAUUGCCUUCACAGCCAAGAUUUCUGGAGUGCCGGAUUUGCUUAUGGUAUUGACCGCGCCCGGAGGUACCAGCAGUGCCAAAACAUCCGGAAUCACUCGCACUAUGCAACUGCCAGUCUUUCAUCCCUGCGUUCGGUUAGCGAGAUGGAAAGAACACCCGGGAGAGCUAUCAUUCGUCCCUCCAGACGGCCGUUUUAUGCUUGCAGGCUACGAGACUGACCUAAUGCCAUCUUCCCUCGACACGGAUCAGCCUCCGAGCAAGAGUGACAGAAUAUUCCUGCCAGCCACAGUAGACCUGCGAGGUGGACUUGGCAGUUCCGGCUCCGAAUUUGAAGCCAAACUGACCUUGAACAACACUUUUCCUGGCGUUUCUUCGGCGCCAAAGCCGAGCGCCUCGCGGACGAGCUCAGGUCCCAUCUCUUCUUUGUCCUUCGGUGGUGCUAGCAGCGGUAGUUCGAGUGCUCCAACAUUGGAAGCCGUAAUGGUCACAAUACCAUUUCCCUCGGAUGUCCGGAGCGUCACUGAACUGAAGGCCUCAAGAGGGGAAGCCACGUUCAAUGCAUUCGACAGAGUUGUCGAGUGGAAAGUCCCUACCAAGGACGGAGCAUCGAUCAAUGGGACAGCGACAUUGACCGGCACAGUAGCAGGUGCUUUCAAUGUGCAGAAUGAUAUGGAUGAAGAGAGCCAAGCUGCCGAAAUCGGGAAGCAGAACACUAUGGCAGGGUAUUACCAGGAAGACGUUGUCGCUAAUCAAGGGGCGGCACCUGAAUCGUCAGCCAACGGCAACUCCAAAAGAGCGCAAGCGACCAAGGCGCUGAUGCCGCGAUCCAUCUCCGUCUCAUUCAGUGUCAAAGGCUGGCUACCUAGCGGGAUCAAAGUAGAUAGCUUAGUGGUUGACGUGAAGAAAUCCAAGGGUCUGGGCGAUGGCGUUCGGCCGUACAAGGGCGUCAAGUACCUCACGGUGAGCAGGCAGGGUAUUGAGAGGAGGGUGGAAUGA